CGACCGAACCCGCACAUCAUACACAUUCACCGUUAUACAGGUAUCCCCCAACGUCACUACCGUGGCGAAAAGUUAAAUUAGUUGUUUAUGCUGGGAUUUUAAGGGAACUUACGUGGACUCGGUAGGGUCUAAAAGGUAAAAAUGAGAGGGAGGAUGAUUAAGACGAAGGAUGUCUUGGGGUUCGAGUCGAGCUGGACGUACUGGACGCUGUUUUUUCUCUGCGCUCUCGUGCCGCUCCCAGUGCGCGCAGAUAUCACUUGCGCCUCGUGCUUCGCACCAAUACGUCGGACAGCUUUUGUCAGCCGUGAUUUUGGAAGUGCACCGGGCGGCAGUACUGAUAGAAAUUGGAAAUGGAGACUUGAUGGAGCUCAACUUUCCCACGAAGCGCACAAAAAAUCUCCUUUCGUGUCUUGGAGAGAGAAACUGCAGAACGCGCACAUAUCCAGAGCGGAACGGACGAGCCCAGCUGAAGAAAAAGACGGAAAAGUUUAUCCAACAUGGUCUCCAGAGGAAACCAAAGUGAACAGGAGAGAAAAGCGCAGUCUGUUUCCGUCUGACAGCGCGGCCGGUUCUCGGUUCGAGUUCAGGCGUACCGGAGGAGUUGACGGUACUGGGAAGAGCCCGAGGCAGAAUGAGCCACACCUGAUCACGUCCACCUUUGCGUUGUCCGCAGAUUCGGCUCAUAAUCAGGCCAUGGUGCUGUGGUCCGGACACAACAGCAGCGUGAUCCUGAUUUUGACAAAACUGUUCGACUUUAACCUGGGAACUGUGACGGAGAGUUCGCUCUGGAGGUCAGUAGAUUUUGGGACAACAUAUGAGAAGCUGACGGAUAAAGUGAUGAUCAGAACAAUGCUGAGCUAUCUGUACGUCUGUCCGACCAAUAAGAGGAAGAUCCUGAUUUUAUCUGAUCCGGAGGUGGAAAGUAGUUUACUUAUCAGUUCUGAUGAAGGAGCCACUUUCCAAAAGUUCAAUAUUAACUUCUAUAUCAUGAGUCUUCUGUUUCACCCUACUCAGGAGAAUUGGAUUCUGGCCUAUAGCCAUGAUCAGAGGCUUUAUAGCUCAUUGGACUUCGGUAAAAAGUGGAUUCUUGUUCAUGAGAGAAUAACUCCGGGGCGAUUCUACUGGGCACUGAGUGGUCUGGAUAAAGAGGCAGACCUGGUGCACAUCGAGGCUCGAACUGACAGUGGACAAAUGCAGUACAUUACGUGCCGAGCACAAAAGUGUUCAGAGGAGGGUAGGCAGUAUCCAUUCAGCGGCCGAAUUGACACCAACUCGCUCGUAGUGCAGGACCAAUACAUCUUCUUACAGUUAACCACAGCAGGAAGAACUACGUACUUUGUGUCCUAUCAGCGAGGGCCCUUCAGGAACAUACAGCUCCCUAAAUACUGUCUACCCAAAGACAUGCACAUUGUCAGUACAGAUGAGGGGCAAGUGCUGGCAGCAGUGCAGGAGUGGAACGAAAAUGACACCUAUAGUCUGUACAUCUCUGACAAACCUGGAGUUUACUUCACCCGCUCACUCCCAAACCUCCAUACCUUCCGCAGUCUUGCAGGAAACCUCAUUGUGGAUGUCUACAAGGUGGCGGGUGUUAGUGGACUGAUCAUAGCCAAUAAGAAAGAAGACGCACAGAUGAGAACGUAUAUCACCUACAACAAAGGCCAGACAUGGAGCUUACUACAGCCUCCAGCGAAAGACACCACAGGACAUGACACCAACUGCAACCUGCCCUCGUGCUCCUUACACCUUCUCCUGCAGAUGUCUGAAAACCCCUACACACCUGACACUAUCUCCACCAAACACUCUGCUCCAGGGAUUAUAGUGGCCACAGGUAGUCAGCAGUCCCUAAGCACGUGCAGCAGCAGCAUCCCCGGAGUCCGGGAAGGCGUUUUAUUUACUUUGAGGGUGCUGUUGGCCUACUUGGUCUGGUUUUUGGACCAUGGAGGGGCUUUAUUAGCGGUUACACAAUCUGCUGUACCAACACGUCAUUUAUGGAUUAGUUUGGAUGAAGGCCGGCAGUGGGACAAACUCAGCUUUUCGUCUACACCCCUAUUUGUUGAUGGGGUUUUGAUGACUCCAGAGACUGAGAAUCACAUCGUUACAUUCUUCGGGCACUUUAAUUACCACUCCGACUGGCAGCUGAUAAAGAUUGACUACAGCUCCCUGUUUGGGCGGAAAUGCACAGACGGAGACUUUCAGACAUGGCACCUGCAUAACAAGGGUGAGGUGUGUGUGAUGGGAGAGAGACAGGUGUAUAUGAAGAGGAAGCCUGGCACACGUUGCACUCUGGGUCAGGAAUAUUCUCGAGUUGUUUCAGCUGAGCCCUGCAUCUGCACCCUCUAUGACUUUGAGUGUGAUUAUGGGUUUGAGAGACAGGCCAGUGGAAAAUGUGCACCUGCAUUCUGGUAUGAUGUCAAUUUACCAGCACACACCUGCAGCCAUGGACAGCGCUACCGCAACAGCACAGGGUACAGGCAAGUGCUGUUGAAUAACUGUAGAGAGGGUCUGAAGUAUACACUAAGUCCCAAAAUGCAACAGUGUAAACCCAUAGCACCCAGUGGCCUACAGCUGAGCACCAUCAACUCUCAGCUCACUGCUGUACUGGGAACCAACAUCACCUUCAGAGUAGCAUUGCAAAAUGGUGACUCACUGUCUACAAGUCUCCAUGUGGACUUUGGUGAUGGCAUCUUGGUGUCAUACUCCAAUAUAAGUCGCCUUGGUGACAGCAUCACACACAUGUACAGGGUCGCUGGGAUAUUCAGGGUCACUGCACGUGCUCAGAACAGUCAGGGGUCAGACAGCAGCUUGCUCUGUCUGCACAUCACUAGUCCCGUGGAGCGUAUCUUUCUUUCAGCACCGGUGGUCGUCAUCAGAGGAAACGAGGCCAACUUGACAGCAGUGCUGUGGCCCAGUCAGCCCAGGACCGCUACUUUCUACUGGUGGUUCAGUAACAGCACAGAGCCGCUGAUAACACUGGAAGGGAGUAUUUCACACACAUUCACACAAGAGGGACCGAACUCUGUCACAGUACAGGUGUCAGCAGGAGGCACAGUCCUACAGGAUGUGAAAAUCAUCACUGUCAAAGAUUUCUUCCGUUCUUUACUGCUGUCGUUCUCUCUUAACCUGGAAGAGCACAACCCAUCCAUUGCCGAAUGGAGACAGGACGUGGGGCGCGUUGUCAGGGCAACACUCUCUCAGGUUUGUGGCUUCCCUGAGGACCAGCUGUUGGUCUCUGUGUUUCCUGGAUCUCCAACUGCCGCUGAGCUCUUUAUCCUACCCGAGACAAACCAGUCAGCAUUCAGAUCACACACAGAGGAACAGCUUGAUAAGAUGUCGGAGGUCUUCAUGAACGCUUUAAAUCAGAACCUGAUCCAGUUUGAUCUGAAGCCUGACACGCGGGUCACAGUGUCUGUGUCUCAGCUCACACUGGCACCUCUGGUGGACUCCAGUGUUCUCCCCAGUGGCUCUGCCAUGCUGUUACUGGUUUCUCUGGGUCUGGUGGGAUUGGCCAUUGUCUUCAUCUACAAGUUCAAACGUAAAAUCCCAUGGAUCCAUGUGGAGACAGAGGACACCCAUGAGAAGGAGCCCGAGAUGAUCAGUGCUGUCGGACAGGAGAAGAAUGGCACACGUACAACAGCCACUUCAUUCACAACAUGCAACGCACACACAACACAAACACCAUUUGCCUCCAACACCGGAACACACAACAACUUCAGCCAUCUGCCACCUCCAAGAGAACUGAUAGAGAAGGAGCUGGAGGCUCACAACACAGGAGGCCUUGGGGUUGGAGAGCGGCAAAGGACCAGGCAGAUUCCAAACUGCACCAAUGUCUGAAAUGAUGAUGGAAGGUUUGAUGAUGAUAUCAACUGUAUUACAUGUAUAAUUAUACUUUUUUCCCUUAACUUUUUCUGUUAUUGUGGUGCUUAUGCCUUUUUUAUUAUUGUGGUGUUUUACAUUUGAGCCCUAUAAUUGAACAAUUCCUUAAGUGUUAAUCAAGACAUUAUAAAUUACAGAUGUAAAUUAAAUCAAAAUCUCUAUCGAAAGCAGUAGAAUUAUAUAUUAUAUCAGCACUUAAGGAGUAGUUUCUUUCACAAUUCUUUCUUAAAACGAUAAUCAGAGAAACUGAUCCUAAGCAGGGGCACACAAUUCCUUUUGUAAACAUAAGAGAUCAUUCUCCGCAUGCUAACUUGUAGAUAUAUAAGAUUAACUGCCUCACAUUUGUAAAACAGCUCACUUUUAGAGUUCACAAAUCAUAUGUUAUACGCUUUCAUACAGAAAAAUCAAUAUUUAAUCAUUUGAAAUAUGCUUAUAGCUUUAUGUAUGUUUAUAUUGAUGCUUACCUCAUCUGACUCAAUGUUAAGAGGUCAUAAGGAGCAUGGUUUUAGGGUUGAGUAGAUAUGGCACAAACAGAGGUUGGUACCUUCAUCUGUGUAGAAGCCUCAUCUGCUGAACUCAUUCAUUUGUGCCUUGGCAAUGUGUGUUACUAUUGUAAGUUGGCAACAUAUUCUUAAUUUGGUUAGUAUUCACAAUGCAGUAUUCUUUAGAAGUAUACUCAUUUGGAGUGCAUGUUUCAUCGCUACUAAUAAC